UGGGGACCACAGGUACACCCUCUCUUGCGAGGAUCAUCACCAACUUUUCUUGUAUUGGAAAUCAGCCAAGUUCAGUGUUCAAUCAAUUAACUACAACAACUACACUAUCCGAUUAGUGGAUGCAAAUUUUGCCUUACUGCAUCAUCAUCAUCAUCACUACUACUCUAACUCUUCCCUCCUCCUUAAUUAUUCCUUAGCCUCCUACAAUUUCAGUGAUUCUGAAACUGAGCCGUAUCAGUAUUUUUUAUACAAAGUGAAUGGAGAUAGGCUUAUGUUCAUGAAGCAGAUGAUAUAUGUGAGGUGCAUCAACGACACUUUCUAUGUGAAUUUUGAUGGCAAGUCUCUCUGGGAAUUGGGGCUGAGAGACUCGUGUUAUAUAGAGUGGAUGUAUCCAACAUCUUGGCCUCACGAUGAAGAAUGCAAAAUCAACAACAUUUCAUGUAGAGACAACCGCAACAUGCUUCUCUAUGGUUUUGAACUUUCUUGGGCAGUUAGUUCUUGCAACCGUCACUUUUGGUACCGAGCCGAGAUCGAUGAUCAUAACAACGUUAAUUGUUAUCCUGUUUUUGUGCCACUAUUUGCAGGUAUUCUAAUUGGAGAAAUAAAUAUUCCUACAAGGAUAUCAAGAACAUAACAGGUGUUCAAGACAAAACUGGGGAAUGGAGGCUACGGUUCUGUCUUUCAAGGAAAACUUCGAAGUAGCCGCCUUGUAGCCGUCAAGUUGUUGAAUAAGGCUAAAUCCAAUGGCCAAGAAUUCAUCAAUGAAGUGGCUACUAUUGGUAGAAUUCACCAUGUCAACAUAGUGCAACUUAUUGGUUUCUGCGUAGAGGGAUCAAAGCGUGCUCUCAUAUAUGAGCUCAUGGAAAAUGGAUCAUUAGAAAAAUACAUAUUUUCCCCUCAGAAGAAUGAUUCCUUAAGUUGUGAAAAACUCUACACCAUUUCCCUUGGAGUAGCACGUGGAAUUGAAUACUUGCAUAAUGGGUGUGACAUGAAAAUUCUGCACUUUGACAUCAAGCCUCACAAUAUUCUUUUGGAUGAGAACUUCAACCCAAAAGUGUCUGAUUUUGGACUUGCAAGACUAUCUCCCACUGAUAAAAGCAUUGUGUCUCUGACUGAAGCAAGAGGAACCAUAGGGUACAUGGCUCCUGAGCUUUUCUACAGAAAUGUUGGCGCAAUCUCAUACAAAGCCGAUGUCUAUAGCUUUGGGAUGUUGUUAAUGGAGAUGGCGAGUAGAAGGAAGAAUUUGAAUGCACAGACUGAAAAUUCUAGUCAGAUAUAUUUUCCCUUUUGGAUUUAUGAUGAAUUGCAGGAUGGAAGGGAAAUAACAAUAGAAAAUGACACAGAUGAAGAGAUGAAGUUGGCAAAAAGAAUGAUGAUUGUGGCACUGUGGUGUAUACAAACAAGGCCUAAUGAUCGACCUUCAAUGAAGAGAGUUGUGGAGAUGCUAGAACAAGACGAUGACUUAGAAAUGCCUCCAAAACCAUACUUCUACCCACUUGAUGCACUCACAGAAGAGAAUGUUGAAGAUACUACAACUCAUAACAGUUCAAAGUUAUCCUCUAGUGACGUCUCUUCAGUUAGUGAUUCAAAGGAAUAGAAAUAAUCUGUCUGGACUCUACUUUGAUAUAAUGUUGCAUAUUCUGUAUCUAGCUAGCUUGUGUAUAUUAGUAUUUCUGAUGUCUAUGAUGAUAAUAAAUUCGUUCC